CACCAUUUUAACGCGUUUGUAAGCAUUCAAGUACACAAAAGUUUGAUCUCGUUCUGCUAUUAACUGAAGCUUUGAUUCCAUUCAGUUUCAUUACUCUGGAUAGUGCGUAAAAGUUUUCAGGUAUUUUCAUCCUUCAAUCUGUUUCAAGUUUUUCGUAGCUAAAAUUGCCGGGACUGUGAGAUUUGUGAAAAUGCUGAUGUCUUCAGCCAACCACCUAAGACCGCCUAACAUUCUUAUAUGUGCGAAGGAUAAGGAAGCUUUCCAGCAUUAUCGAGCACUCUUCGAGUCCAUACUAGAACCGGAUUGCUAUGCCCUUUAUCAACUCGAUGCCGUCUCUUUUCGUUCAAAAAAAGCAUGGUUGGGGAACACGAGCCUUUUAGUUCUGGCUUCCGAGUGGGCUGAUGAUGAUUUACGCAUUCCCUUAGAAGAGUAUCUCGCCAAAGGUGGACAAUGUCUGUCUUUACAUCCUUUCUCUCCAAAAUGGCUUACAGGAAGCCAAUUGCAAGGCUUUGUGAAGUACGCAUCUGACCAAGGCAUGCUCCUCUCACCUGUUGAAAAGCUUGAUUUUGCUGAAGCUCUCCCGCCUAUCCUAGAACAACAUUUCCGCUUUAAGUCACGAGUUUAUAAUCCGGAAGGGCCACCUAACGAAUUACAGCAAAUAGUUGGCCAUCUAAUUGCUGAACCUUAUCAUCAGGAAGCUUUUUUCCGUAACUUUGGCCGGCAAUCGGCUGAUAUGAUGACACUUGAAAUCAAAAAGUCUUUUCCCAUGAACAAUCAAGAGCAGCCUAUUAUUGUGCGAAGAAAUAUAAGCUCGAGGUUCAAUCAUCGUGACUAUUUUGAUACGCUUAAAACCAAAAUCCUGGGUCGAACUUGCUUGUAUUUCGACGUGGUUGAAUCAACCCACUCAAUUCUGGAAGGAAGUGACUCAUUUCCCGAUGGUUUGGUUGUGGUAGCACGGCGCCAGAACCAAGGUAGAGGACGGAGUGGAAAUGUUUGGAUGAGUCCUGAAGGUUGCGCUAUGUUCUCUUUGCGGAUGCAGUUCGCGCUGCAAUCGGAACUUGGACGACACUUGUCUAUUUUUCAACACAUUGUAGCCCUGGCCACAGUGUUAGCGGCCAAAAAACUUCCACAUUGUCAGGAUUUGCCGUUGGGUAUCAAGUGGCCUAACGAUAUCUGCUAUCAAGAUAAGUCUGAAGGAAAGACUAUCAAAAUUGGUGGAAUUCUGGUAACCACUUCAAUUAUGGGUUCACAAGUCACUGCAACAAUUGGCUGUGGAGUGAAUUUGAGCAAUCAAAAACCAACACUGUGCCUGAAUGAGCUCAUUCGCCAAGCAGGAGAAACUCGGCCGCUCUCACUAGAGCACUUCCUUGCUGCCGUCUUCAAUCAGUUGGAGGAGUUGGUUACUUUAAUAUAUUCUGGUCGAUUGGAUCAAGUCUUGGCGUUAUAUCACCAACACUGGCUGCAUGGCAACGGAACAGAGGUGACUGUCCGAACGGCUAAUGAUGAAAUAGUACGUGCCCAAAUUGUGGGCAUCGACGAGUUUGGUUUCCUUCGUGUACAGCCUCGAGAGGGGCCAAGCAUCACAGUGCACCCAGACGGCAAUUCAUUUGAUAUGCUAAAUGGAUUGAUAGCCCCCAAAACACAGAGAUAAACCAGUCUGUCCGAAAUGCGAGUACCCAUCUCCAAGUAUACAUCUUUCCUGUCACUAAAAACGAAGUAAUCAAAGGCGCUUGGCAAAGGCUAAAUAUGGCCAUGACGCGAAUUAACGUAAGCGUGAAUUAACAGUGAUUGGCACUACACACGGGCAGCUUCUAGCCGUAUUUAUAUUUUUUAAAAGGAAAUUAUCAAGACGAACGAAAUGUUGCAUCAUGUAUUUGCUUUAUUUCUCCAUAUCUUCACAGAAAAGGACGGUAAAAAUAGUAGAGGAGACACGUGAGUAGAAUUCUGGAGCUGUUCUUGCUUUCAACUUUUCCAUUGCAUCUUGAAUUUGUGCAAUCUUGGACAAGUAACAAUCUUGGACAAGUAAACAUCAACCACAUCAUGUUAAGUUGGAGCUGUAAAUUGCCAUUAGUUUAAAGGUAUGUUGUGUAGGAAUUUCCGAAGUAUAACGUACAAGAAGCCGGAUACUAUGAGGAGGAGCCGACAAUGAAAUGAUUCGGAUGGAUAACGGGCGUUCCUAUUGGCUAUUCAAUGUGAUACGGCAAAAUUUGAAACGAAAACCGUGCUCAUGAAAACACAGGAAUACAGGUGUGUAAUCCAGUACAAAAGAGACAACCAGCGCCCCAAGUACAUUUUAAGUGUUAGCACUCUUUCCAAAGGAAGUUGCUUCAACUAACACCCCUUGCCGAUUAUUCGCUCGAUUUGCAGCACUUUUUUGUGGCGUGAACUCCUUGUCGAAACCCCAAACGUUGUUGUCAACCGCUUGAAGCUCCACUAAUUCCGGACAAGGACAGAACUCGAGGCUAAUUCUGGUUGGCCGUGGUUAUCGUCGUAAAAUGUGACGUGAAGGCUUCGCCCCAGGUUAACGUGAUCGCUCAUAUGAUCAAUACACCGAGUGCCGUUAGAUGGGCGUUGGAACAAGGUGCAAAUGGCAUCGAAAUCGACUUGCAAUUUGAAGGAACACGUCCUGUUCAAUUCCAUCAUGGCUUUCCGUGUGAUUG